AUGUCGGGCCGGUACAUUGGCAAUCAUCUUGCGCAAAAUGGGCAGGAGAAGUCUCCCCAUGCCAACCAGCCUGGCCCCAGCGUGAAUGCCAGUCUUGGGCCUUAUGGAUUGUUGCCCGAUGGAGGUGUUUCAUCUGGCUGGACUGGCUCACGACUGGCUGACUGCUUCGCAAGCUUCUCCAUGUGCCCUCCAUGCUCUGAUUUUGAGCCUCAGCCGCCAUAUCAACCGCUUCCUGUAAGCAGUUCAUAUGGCUACGACAGCAUCAAGCCACCAGAACUCGACCCUUCCAUGGCCUGCAUCCAGUCUCGUGAGCAAGCUUCCCUGGCUGCCACGCCCGUCGCUGCGGAGCCAACGGGCCUGCUACCCUGCGAUGACCCUGGGUUGGUAACCCAGUACCUCUCGGGCUACCCUCCCUUGCAGCCUGCGCAAGUGAUGGGCAUCCAACCUGCUGCCAGUAGGGAGGCGAUGGUUUACCCCAACCCCUCCCCGGUUGCCGGCUAUGAUGUUUUCCCGAAUGGCCCUGGUGGUUCCACGGAGUCAGAGACCCAAGUUCCUUUCAUUACGAGUUCGACCCCUCCAACAGGUACGCUGCCGUGUGCGUAUGCUAGCAGCUUAGAGCCGUCAUCCUACGAGGACCACACCUCUCGCGCGACCAUAGCUCCAAGCUUUCAUUCCCUGCAAGGAUAUGAUUCUAAGGGGGGGACUGGAAGCUCGGGAGGCGGCCAGGAAGGGCCUGCGAUCUUUGACUUCUUUCCCCCUCACAAACCGCUGCCUGCUAAGCGUGGACCAUUUCGAGAUCAGGACCAGCGGGAAAAAACUGCCCGUACUAGGAAGAUGGGCAGCUGCAUCCGAUGUCGAAUGCAGCGGAUCCGGUGUAACCUCGACCCCGACAACGAAAAAGGCCCCUGUCUGUCCUGCAAGAAGAUUGCGACAACAACAAGGAUUUAUCGGCUAAGUUGCUUGCGCUGGAAGAUCACGGAUGUGAAGCUUCUCAAGCCCGGACAGGUGAGAGAAGACGAAUGCAAAUGGACAGAUCGUUGGAAAGACAGCGUAAUGGACGAGAUUAGGAACUGGGAGUCGAGUCGGGUGAGGAUCAUCCACGUUACCGAAGGCUACACGGGCAAAUCGAUUCGGUUGCGGGUUAGGCAAUUCCAACCUCAGGUGGGCGACAGAUUGAAGAGAUCCUGGAUGUCGCCAAACGGCCAGAAGAAAGAGGUGGAGAUUCCCCCUUACGCCAUUGUCGAUAUGGAGGACACCAAAGCCGCCUUGAGCCAGUACAUCAAGCAUGGCCUGCUCAGCUGUUGCAAUUCUCUGCUAGGCGCCCGAGACAAGCUGCUCUGGAAGACUUAUGCUCUUGCCAUGAAAGCAGCGAUGGAUUCCUCCACCUCCCCAGCGGAAAAGAAUUUACUCCUCAGUACUCUCGAUCUGUGGAUGUCGGUCCGGCUAACAACGAAGUCAUUCGAGAUUGUGGGGGACGACACGUUGGACAUGCCUGCAGAUAUGAUCAAAGACAGGGAUAGCCCGCUCUAUGGGAAAAUACCACUGCCGCCGGUGAUGGGGGCACAGCUCGAUUCUGUCCUGAUCCACCAGAUUCAACCACAACUUCGCCGGAGAACGCUCGAAGAACUGCAGAAAAUGACGCAGGAAAAGAAGCAGAAGACUUGGCUCACGACAUACCUAGUGACAUUUAUCCUGUUACACAACAUUGCUCUUAUUACUAAACACGACGCAGAGUAUGCUAAGAAGCAUGGGAUGAAGCGGCGGUUUGCCAGGGAGGCAAGCGUUAGAGAGUAUAACUUAGGGGCUAACACGCUUCUCGCCUACUUCCACUACUGCAAUAAAGCCAUAUACCCAUUCUCGGAUGAAUGCAAAGACGAAGACCUUCAAAGCCUGGCCGAGCUUGAUGAUGAAGCCAUCUCAUUCGUCCAUUUCGUCAGGCGGUUCGUCGCUGAGCAUAAACGGGAAUGGGAAGCGCUGUGGCUCAGUGACGCUUACGAGCACGAGUACUAUUACGUAAGCCAGCUUUUCGAGCGGAAUUGGCAGCCGCGGAUAAUGCCCUAA